AUCACGUAAUCAUUUUUCUUCACAAGAAUAAUCAUCACACUCAAAUUUAUAUACAUAUCUCUCGCUCUAUAUAUUCAUAAAUUAUCUUCUCAUAAAGUGGAAUCUAUGGAUAAUAGAUGGCCAAAAUCUAAAGAAAUCUUGGGCCCGAGACCACCUCCAUUGAAAAUUCGUAAAGAGUCUCACAAGAUCAUCAAGAAACCACCAUUGGUGCCACAGCCACGACUACAACCACCGGAACCCGCACCACCCCAACUACAGCAUCAAGAACCGAUGCAAUCACAACAGCCACGUGGUCCGGUGAUCAUAUACACCGUAUCUCCCAAAAUUAUCCAUACGCACCCUAAUAAUUUCAUGGCACUGGUUCAGCGUCUCACAGGGAACACCUCUGCCUCUACAACCUCAUCUUCGGCGUCUCAAUCCAUAUUAGCACCAAACAACAUGUCAGCAACGGUAGAUACAUCCUGCAGUUCGCUAUCUCCGGCGGCUCGGUAUGUUGUGAUGGAGAAAGAUAAUGCCUCAAACGAAGUAGGGUUUGUAGGUGGUGUAGAGACCACUGAUCAAUCUUAUUAUUAUCAUCAUCAUCAAAACCGAGUUCUGGACAUCCCAAAUUCUUACAAUGGUGGGAUUUUACCUCCGGACCCCACUUCGCUGCCGUUGACAUCGCAGGAGUUCCUUUCUACAGUUGCACCACCGAACGACCCACAAGAUUUGUCGGCGUUGUUCAGUAACUUUAACUCUAUCCUACAAACUAGUCCUCCAAAGAUUCCAUCUCCUUCCAUGGACCUUUUCAACAAUUUUUUUGAUUCUUGACUGGAAUCUUAUUUGAAGUUGAACUGGUUAACAAGUGUUAUAGAGGGUGACACAUGAUGUUGUUUACGUUUUUCAUCAUAUUUUUAGGAGACUCUCAUAAAAAUAGAAGGUUCCUCCUACUUUUGCAUGCCGUGAUGAUGACGUCAUUUGUUAGAAUCAUAUUGGCAACU